UAUGGCAAGGACGCUAGAAGAAAUAUUUAUUUUAAAACGUACCGCUUUACGUUACCUAUUCGCGAGGGAAUCUAGACUGUUAGCUUUAGGUAAAAAGCCGGUGAAUAAGAAAAUCGCUAACUAUAUUAAAAGCCAUCAAGAGAAUAACUUGUGGAGCGGUUUUAUGGACUCAUUGAACGAGGAUUUAACUCGGAAUAUAAACGUUUUCGAAUGGAAAGUGGUGGAGGAACAUAACAGUGUUACCAGGAGAGUGAGAUUGGAUUCUACAUCGAGGGAUAUUCUUGUGCAUUACGACAUGGGUUUCUGGGGCGGCAGAAUGACAGAGGCACCGGUAGUACGGGUGGAGCAUGGCGAGCUGCAGGGGCGAGUGGUCGAGAGCCCCAGCGGGAAGGCCUUCUACAGCUUCCAGGGAAUCCCUUACGCUAAACCACCGCUAGGAACUCUGCGGUUCCAGGCACCCCAACCCCUGGAGCCAUGGGAUGGCGUCCGUGACGCCACUUCAGAAGGCAACAUCAGCGCGCAAAUUAAGAUGGAGACCGACACGUUUGAAGGCGAUGAGAAUUGUCUCUAUCUCAACGUGUACACCCCCAGCAUAGACGGAGAAUUCCUCCCAGUCAUGGUCUACAUCCAUGGAGGAGGCCUACAGUUUGGCUCAGGCAGCGCCAGCGUCAGAGGAGCCGACUACCUUGUCGAAAAAGAUGUAGUAGUUGUUACUAUUAACUACAGAUGCGGAGCGCUAGGUUUCCUAAGCUUAAACACCCCUGAGAUCCCUGGUAACGCUGGUCUGAAAGACAUGAUAGCAGCUUUACGAUGGGUUAAAGAGAAUAUCAACAAUUUCGGCGGUAAUUCCGGGAAUAUAACGCUUUUCGGUGAAAGCGCUGGCGGUGCCGCUGUAUCUGUGCUCACAGCUAGUCCUUUAAGUAAAGAUUUGAUCAGCAAAGCUAUAAUCCAGUCUGGUUGUGGGCUCUCCAGCUGGGCAUGGCAGAAACAGCCGUUAGAAAACGCUAAAAAGCUAGCUCAUUUACUAGGCUGCGAGUCAGAUGAGGCUGAUGAUAUCCUCGAGUUCUUACGAGCGACUCCUGCGAAGGAAAUCGUGGAAGCUACUAGAAAACUGUUUCCUUCGCAAACGUUUUUCGAAACUGCAAUAAUAGGUUUCACAUUUGUCGUUGAGAAAGAGUUUCCUGGCGUGGAAUCCGCUAUUACAGAGUCUUUCACUGAUCUAUUGACUUCUGGUCGCGUCGCUGAAGUCCCUAUCAUGAUCGGUUCAACGACACUGGAAUUUCUGCGUAAAAUCGACACUGAUGACCUGCAAGUAUUCAUCCCUCAAGAAUUAAACGUGCAGAGAAAUUCUGAGGAAUCUUUGGAGAUCGCCAACAAAUUUAAAAGCUUAUAUUUCAAAGGGAAUCAUACGGCUAUUGAAAAUUUGAAUGGUUAUUUCGAGCUGAUAUCCGAUAGGCUUAUCAACGUCGAUACGCAUAGAUACGUCCAGUAUUUGGUACAUGCGACAACUAAGCCUGUUUAUUAUUAUAAAUUCGAUUAUGUGGGCGAGUUAAAUUUGACGAAGAAGCUAAUGGAUUCAUUGAAUGUCCAUCACGCGGGACACGCGGAUGAAUUGGGGUAUCUGUUUAAGAUGGACUCGCAGGGUGAAGUGGAGCCGACGGCACAGGAUGUCAAGAUGAGGGAGAGGAUGCUGCGGCUUUGGACCAACUUCGCUAAGUCUGGCAACCCAACCCCAGACGAGAACCACUACAUCACGGUAACCUGGCAACCGGUCACCAAGGACAACCUCUACUAUCUGAACCUGAGCAACGAACUCUCCCUCAACACGAGUCCGGAUAAAGAUAAAAUGGCGCUUUGGGAAGACUUGUACAGCAGACAUUUCAAAAUCUGGGAACAUCCUCAAGUCAAUAAUGAGGAGACGCCUAUGAAGACGCUAAAAGAGCCUGUCAUUGAAGCAGAGCCAAUCGAGCCGGAACCAGCCAUUACCAGUCCUGAACCUGUCAUAACCAGCUCAGAACCUGAAACCAGCCCAGAACCACCCAGCCCCAUCGAAGAGCCGGUAACCAGUCCCUUAGAACCUGUAGCUCAACUACUAGUAGAAACUGGACCUGAACCUGUAGCUCAGCCACUAGUAGAAACUCCUCACAACGGCGUGAAUGGUACAAACGGUGACGUAGAACGGAAACCGAGGCCGUCCAAUGAAAUCAAAAUGGUCCAAAACGGGAACGGGGUACCUAAAGAUGUGAUCCGAGCUAACGAUCCGCCGGAAGACGAUUUGCCUAAGAAUAUUGGGGUGAAUAAGUUUGUGAAUUUCUUCGAAUCGCUCGGCGGGAAGAAGUGAUGUAUUUGUAUUUUGGAUUUGAGUUAUUAGUUGUACAGAUAUACCUUAUUCAUAAAACUUUACAGG